AUGGGCGAUUCUGGCAGGAAGGAUACGCGUUAUAAGAAAAUGGUAGAAUGUUGUUCGGGUAACGUCGUGAUUGCCCGUUCUGAGCUCCCCAAAGAGGCACCUCCUAUAAGAGAUUUCGUCGUUGGAGUCGGUGCUCGAGACCGAGAGGGUGCCCGUAGAGCGUUGUCGAUGGCCUUUGCUCUAGCUUCGAGUACUAGUGAUGAACCUAAGGGAGCCAGAGUGUAUAUUAUCUAUAUACCAGUUAAGCCUUGGCAAUUCGGGCAGGAAGAGGACAUAUUCUCAAUAGGAUAUAAGAGUACACUGCUAUUGAGCUCAGUUCAGGACGAGAUAGCGAGAUUAAAGGUACAGUACCCUCGAGUGAAGGUUACGUUGAAGAUGGGUAACCCGACUGAUAGGAAUCAUGUACAGAAUGAGCUUCUGUCUACAGCUGAGAGGAACGGCAGGGGUGGGCAUAACAUCGAUAGUGGAGAGCUGGGCUCGGUAGCAAGCCAUAUGGUUGAUAAGGGUAGGAGCAGCUGGGGUGACACUCGUGGUGACACUGGUGGUGACACUGGUGGUGACACUGAUCUUGAUUAG